AUGUACCCUGAUAUAUACAUCUACGGGGGCCUGGGGCUGGGCGGGCUCCUGCUGCUGGCUGUGGUCCUUCUGUCCGCCUGCCUGUGUUGGCUGCAUCGAAGAGUGAAGAGGCUGGAGAGGAGCUGGGUCCAGGGGUCCUCAGAGCAAGAGCUCCACUAUGCAUCUCUGCAGAGGCUGCCAGUGUCCAGCAGUGAAGGACCUGACCUCAGGGACAGAGACAAGAGAGGCACCAAGGAGGAUCCCAGAGCUGACUAUGCCUGCAUUGCUGAGAACAAACCCACCUGAGCACCCCAGACACCUUCCUCAACCCAGGCGAGUGGACAGGGUCCCCCUGUGGUCCACCCAGUAAAGAUCAUGGUCCCCCCA